ACCUAGAAGUAGCCUGUAUCUAAUUAGACACUGUUCUUUCAAAUUCCUGCUGAUUCUCGCGAUAGGAGCUGUCGGGACACUCCUGCCGAGUGCCGAUUUGAAUUGCGCAGUUAGGAAGAGGGGCAUUUUGUGUUUCAUUCAAAAGCUAGAAGGAUGGCUGACGUGAUUCUGGAGUCUGAGGACAAACAAGAAGAAACCUGUGCGACCACAGAGGCCGAAAACGAACCGGUGCCGGAAACCACAAAUGGCGAGAAAAUCCUCAGUGAUUCUGACGAAGCUCCACAGGAGAAAUCGGAGCUGAAGGAAAAGACAUCAGUUGUUAACAAGAAGUCAAACAGGUUUCAGCCCUACUCCAAAGACAAACAUGCCGCCGACAGGAAGAGCAGCCAGAGAAACCGAGUGUUUAUCAGCAAUAUCCCAUACGACAUGAAGUGGCAGGCCAUCAAAGAUCUUAUGAGAGAAAAAGUCGGUGAGGUUACAUACGUGGAGCUCUUUAAGGAUGCUGAAGGAAAGUCCAGGGUAAGUGAUAUUUGGACGACUUGAUGCAGAGGCGUUAAAUGUCCUCUGUGCUUCUCAUUAUAUCAAGUGUUUUACCAGGUAAAUGCAUUUCAGGCUGUUUUUGAACUGGAGAGAGCUUGUGGCUAGAGCCAGUUUCUGUUGGUUGUAGAUUGACCUUUUUGACAGGGGUGGUUUGUUGAAUAUUCCUGUGAUUUUUGGAAAAUGUUAAAAAACAAAAAUAUAUAUGAUUACAUUUCCUUGAAGGAAAUAUUGUACUUUUAUGGCAGUUUUCAAUUGGUGGCUCAGUUUGGCUGUUUAAUUAAUCAAUGGAAAUGCACAGUGGACUUUUUUUGGUCAGGAUUUGUUCCAAAGAUUGACCAUUAAAAAAAAAAAAAAAUUGUGUGUUGAUUUGAUCAGCAGAAGGUAUGUGAAUGUUCUCUUUAAGACUGUCAAUUUUCUUCUCAAUCUAGAACCACUGGGUCUGCAAAUGAAUGCAUCCUUCUAAUGUUGCACAAUGCAUACACCAUGAACAUCAAGACAACUCUCGCAACUGCUUUUACUCACAAUUGUUUAAUUUCAAAAACACCUUUUUACUGACAUUUCUGUUCACCUAUCACAAAUGAUAAAUGUUUUUCACAAGCAGUUAUUUCAGUUUUCAUUGCAUAUUUCUGCAUUUAAGUAAAGUGUAAGUAAAAUAAUUCAGUAUUUUCCCUCCACUGUUAUUUUUCUGUUGUUUAUGUUAAUCUAAUUGAGACCUAUUUAUUAUAUGCACAGUCUUGUUGGCCUUUUCUGAACCUGGAGAUGGCAAAGGACAAAGAACAGUGGAAAAAUUGAACCUGCUUCAAAGUUUCUCACUAGGAUCAUCGCAAAUUUCUGACAAUACAGUGUAAUGUUUUAGUGACCUGAAUUGUCAAGAGACAGCUGGAAACGCUUGAAUUCAAAGUCUUGAGGUGCUAAUCUUCUGUGCUUCUAUCUUUCUUUCCCUCUGAUGACGGUGUGCUCCUGGUUGCCCCAUGGUGCUCCUUCAGGGUUGUGGUGUGGUGGAGUUCAGAGAUGAGGAGUUUGUGAAGAAGGCGAUUGAGCUGAUGAAUAAACAUGAUCUAAACGGCCGGCCACUGAACAUCAAGGAGGACCCCGAUGGCGAGCACGCUCGUAGAAUGCUGCAGCGUUCGGGAGGGAUGUACCCGGGAGGCCGGGGUCAGGAUGGGGGCAUGAACAUCCCUCCUUCCAUUGCCAACAAUCCCAACAUCCCGCACGAGAUCCUCAGCUCCCUGCAGGCCGGGCGGCUCGGCACCACCGUGUUCGUGGCCAACCUGGAUUUUAAAGUGGGCUGGAGGAAGCUGAAGGAGGUGUUCAGCAUGGCCGGGACGGUCAAGCGCUCCGAUAUCAAAGCGGACAAAGACGGAAAGAGCAGAGGGAUGGGCACGGUGACCUUCGACCAGGCCCUGGAGGCUGUGCAGGCCAUCUCUAUGUUCAACGGACAGAUGCUGUUUGACCGGCCCAUGCAUGUAAAAAUGGAUGAUAAGUCCAUCCCCAUGGAUGACUUCCGCCCGGUGGAGAAAGCACCGCAGUUGCCAAGGGGUCUCAGUGGAAUCGGAAUGGGUCUGGGUCCAGGAGGGCAGCCGAUCAACGCAAACCGAGUGGGCGGGGGUGGAUCCAUGGGCAACAUGGGCCCUGGAGGUAUGGACGGGUCUGGAUUUGGAGGAAUGGGAGGAAUGGGACGAAUGGGAGGAAUGGGCGGUGGUGGCUUUGGCAUGGACGGCCUGGGCAACAUGGGCGGAUUCGGCGGCAGAGACAUGGCCUCCAUGGGCAGGAUGGGGGGCAAUGGAAUGGAUGACUUCAGAGGAAACUCCGGAGCCGGAAUGGGCGCAAUGAGUCUGGGUGCGGGCAUGGGAGGCGGCAAUAUGGCAGAUAUGUUUCGCUCAGGAAUGAGUGACUUUGGGAGAAAUGACAUGGCAAUGAACCGUGGGUUUGGGGACUCUUUCGGAGGAAUGGGCGCCGGGAUGGGGAACAUGGGCCUGGGCUCCAGGUUCGACCGGAUGGGCGGGGCCAUGGACAUGAGCCGCGGGUUCGGGGGCUUCGGAGGGGGCAUGUCCGACAGAGCGGCAGCGGUGAAGGCCGGCUGCCAGAUCUUCGUGCGAAACCUGUCUUAUGACCUCACCUGGCAGAAACUGAAGGAAAACUUCAGCCACUGUGGUCAGGUGAUGUUCGCGGAAAUCAAAAUGGAGAACGGGAAGUCGAAGGGCUGCGGCACGGUCCGCUUCGACACCCCGGAGAGCGCGGAGCAGGCCUGCAGGCUCAUGAACGGAACCAAGAUCAACGGGAGAGAGGUGGACGUCCGCAUCGACCGGAACGCAUGAGGGCGGCCGCGCUGCGCCCCAGGGCCUGCUCCGGUUUUGUUUUAAAAACAGUUCGCACCCCGCAAAGCAUUCAGUCAAGUCCCAAAUGAUGUCACCAGCCUGUCACUGGAUUAGUUUGUGUACCGUUACUUUUUUGUUUUUUUGUAAACCAUUUUUAAUUUGUGGGUCACCGGUUUAUUUGAAUAAAUAAGCUUUUUAAAAAUUUAA